GUUUUUAAGUGCGCACAUGAGACGCGCUUCAGUCCAACUCAAGUUCCCUGAAAAAUCCCACAAGUCAAGUGCCAGUGCAAAAAUAAAAAACAAAAAAAAAAUACAAAAAACCCUAAGUUGUUCAAAAGAUAAAAACAAUUUUUUUUGCUAAAAUGUUCCUUGGAUCUGUAGCCUAUUUUGGAUUAUGUUGCUGCUUUCUGUUAACUCAUCAUUGUGCGCAAGGUCAGGCGAAUAAAGUGUCAUCCAAGCUGGAUUUCGAUGACAUGGAUAGCGGCAGCAGCAACAACAACAACCAAACUGGUGUGCCAGUUAUAAUCGGCCAGGGGCAGGGACAGGGACAGGGGCAGGGACAGGGGCAGCAGGGAAGCGGUGGAUAUGAUCAAGGCACAGGUCGUGCUGGCGGAAACAGUGGCAAUCGGCCGAAGAUACACGGCGUGCGUGUGACAGUCGAUACGGGUGACGGGCAGCAGCAAACGAAAGAAUCCAAGGAGAGCGUCGAAAUAACGGACUUGGGUAAACACAAGAAACGUGUGGGCAUCCACACGGAUAUCACGUUCGAAAUUACGGCCGAGGGGGACGCAAAUGAGACGAGCUCCGCACAGCAGCACGGCGAGAAGGAGGAUGCCAGUGUGCCCAUUUACAAGGGUCGUGCCAGCAGCAGCAGCGAUUCCAAGCACAAGUCCAGAAAUCCCUACGAUCCCAAGUCACAGUGGAAUCCCAACUACUCCGGCGAGCAUCGCGGCUACGACGCCAGCAGUCCAGGUGGUUCCAGGCCAGGCACGGCUGGCUACCCCCAAUAUUAUCCGCAGCAUGUCUACACCAGCGGCGGCGAUGCCAGCGCGGAUGCCGGCAGCAUCUAUCGCAAUGGCGAAACCUGGACGCACUACGUACCGGUGUGGACCACGGAGCGGUCGCCACAUGAACAGAGUCAGCUACAACGACGCCCCGGCUGGAAGCCCUGCUACUGCAUGUCCUCGUACGGCACCGACUACCGACGCCGUCGUGAUAGCAAAAGGGGCCAUACCACCAGAAAGGGCAUAAUCAAAAGUCGCGUUGCACACAUUGACGGCAAAUUGGAACAACCGUUCUCCUGAUAGGCUCAUCUACUUUCACAACUGCUCGAAAAGUAUUUAGUCCUAACAUGGUCUUGUAAACGAAUAAUAAUUGUUGCUUAAUAGACAAAUUUACUGAACAAUUUUAAUAUCUAAAA